UACGUUAUUUGUAUGUUUGUGCUUUCAUAGUUUUUCUCUGCUUAUAAUUUAUAUAUGCUUUGUAAUAUCUAAACAAAUUAGCUAUCUGUUUCAUAGGUUUGAAACGUUGGGUCUAGGGUUUGUGAUUUGUGAAUUCUAAGAAUUGCACCAAUGCAUUAAAAUAGAAGCCAGUCCAACAGAGCAUCAUCUCAACAUGCCCAAAGGCACAAGUGUGAAUUCCUUUUCCGUUAACCAGUCAAGAGCAUCUCCUUAUUCUUGCAGCUCAGAUAAUUCUGACCUAGACUCCAAGAAAUCUCUACCAUCAGUUGUGAAUGAAAGAGAGUGGGAAGAAGCUAAGUGUCCAAUAUGUCUGGAGCAUCCACACAAUGCUGUCCUUUUACUUUGUUCUUCACGAGACAAGGGUUGUCAGCCUUAUAUGUGUGACACAAGUCAUCGACAUUCUAAUUGCCUUGAUCAAUUUCGUAAAUCAUCUGCCGUAGGAGCUCAACAAGGCGAAGGUAAUGUAUCAGGAGCUGUGUUCCGUAGACAAAGUCGGGGACAAGCAUUAUCAGGAGCUUCAAGGUCUCAUAUGCAGAAGCAACGUGAGCUUACCUGUCCUCUUUGCCGGGGACAUGUCGAAGGCUGGAUUGUUGUAAAAGCUGCCCGUAAUUUCAUGAACUCCAAGACAAGGAGUUGUGCCCUGGAGGCAUGCAAUUUCUCUGGUAACUAUGCUGAACUAAGAAAUCAUGCAAGGCAGGAACAUCCCUUGGAAAGGCCAUCUGAGGUUGACCCUAUGCGGCAAUCUAAUUGGACAAGAUUGGGGCUUCAAAGGGAGUUUGAAGAUGACUUCCUGGCUUACCUGCCUCUUGAACUGCCUCUUGACACUGGUCUAUUUGACGUUCUAGAUAGUCACUACUCAGAGGCUGACGCGGGAUUGGAAAUUCCAGUGGAUGUCGAACUUGAGUUCUGUCUCUCUUUCCUGAGUGAGUCUGCGCCUUCCCCAUGGGAUUGGUCUCCAAGCUAUGGUGGUAGGAGGACCAAUCGACCAGAGAGUGGUGCUAGACCACAAAACAGGAGAUCUAGAUUCUGAUAACAAUGAACUAAGGCCAACAAGUACAAGAAACACAAAUCUGUUGCCAGGGCACUCAAAUUGGUCAUGCUUUUAGUGUAUGGGUAGAGUUUAGGUCUUGACUUUAUGUUAUUCAUGUUAUCUCUUGCUCUUUUAUUACUGACCGUUAUAGUCUCGGUCCAUGUCUUCCAUUCUUUUCUUCUUAAAAUCUGAAUUCCAACUCUGUUACAAGUGCAAUCUUUCUUCUACAUGAUAAAAGGUUCUGUUUUAUCCGAAA